AGUGUACAGUGGGUUUGUGUGAGUUUCCCCAGUUUUCCCCAAUUUUCCAUGAAGGAGAUGACUUUUAUCGAUCCCGAGAAAAAUCUUCUGUGAAAGGAGCAGCAACGGAUCAACUACAAAAAUGUGGAAAAUAUUGGCAUUUUCCCUAUUUGGACUUUUCCUCCCUGCAUCCGGAAGUUUAAAUUUAGAUCCAAUUUUUGUGUCUGAACUCUUCUCCCUUCGCAUUGAUGCAACAUUUUUCAACUGGAGCUCCACAUUGACACCCAAUCAGUACGUCUUCCGCCCAUCUCUCGAAGGAUAUCCGGAUUUGCCGUCAUGGAUGCGUUAUAUGUACAGUGAAGAGCACCGAGCGGGAUUUCUCUACGGUACCCCACCGGACAGGCUUGCUGGCAAGGAGGUGAGACUGGAGAUUGUUGGGCUCAAUCGACAAACCUUCGAGACGCGCCAAAUAAUCCUUUCAAUGUGGAUGACUGGUAAGAUAGCUGCCAGGAAUGUGGUUCAGAUGAAAAUCGAUAAUCUCGACUGGGUACAUCUGAUGGACCCUGGGAGAAUUGAGAAUCUAAAGAAUAUCUACCAGAAGGAUCUCUGGCCCGAAAGUGCAAAGGAUUUGCACAUUGUCUUCAUGGAGGCUGCAACAAAAAUGGGUGCACGUCUUCCCGUGUUGCCGCAACUGCACGAGGGCGUUAUUGUUCAUCUCGGCAGCAAUGCAAUGUUCUCAGAACGACUUCUAGAACUCCAGGAAGAAGUUAAGCCACUCUACAAAAUCUCUACGUGCAACUACAAACGUACUUCCGUGCAAACAACCUUCGAAAAUGGCGGUUUCCGCCUCGAUUGGUGUGCUUUUCGUAUUGUAGGAGACGACACUCGAGCUGAGGAUAGUCUCAAAAAUACUCAAGGAUUUGGCCAUGAUCGUGGACAGGAUCGUUGGCAGGGAAUUAGUCGGUCGGAUGCUCCGCAAAGGAACUACAUCGAUGAAUUUACAUUCGCCGUAGCUAUUCCAGGGAUGAUUCUUGCAAUUCUCAUUGCUCUCCUCUCCUGCAUCUUCUGCUUCCAACAUAAGUCUAUAGAUGAUCCUCAUUCGGAAUAUUUCUUUGAAACCAUCUUCCACAUUUGCAAAGAAUUCAGAGAAAGAAAAAAUCCAACAGUUCCAAUUGUUAAAUUAACACAAGAUUCUGCAAACUAUCCUCAAACUACUUUGUUGAAGAGUCUCAAAGAUGCUCCGAAUUUGAAUGCUGAGAACCUUAGUCUUCACUCACAGAGCCCAAUUCAUGCUCAGGAUACAACCACAGAUUCAAAUGUGAAUGUCUACAUGCGCCCCAAACCACCCCCAUAUAAGAGGAAUGGUGUCCAUAUAUGACAAUCAGCUCCUCGAGUCCUCUUCUGUUAAAGAGCAACCCCUGCAUAUCAUCAUUACAAAGCGUUCAUAGUGCAUCCGUAGUAGCCAACCAUGUCACCUGCCUAUCAAGCCAUCAGGUUAAAAUUCAAUUUUAUGCUUUCUUGUAUAAGAUAUGUAGAAAGAGUAAAUUUGCGUGGAGUCUAAAAUAAAAUUAUUUAUUGAAUAGUA